AUGGCGGACCAUAAUUCGAAGUUCUGCAUAACUUCGCUCAAUCGUUUAACAAUUCCAUUUUUUAUGGGAAGAUCCAUUUUCAAUUCCUACUCAACAUUAUCAUGCUCGGCUCGAAAGAAUAUCCAGAUACAUAGCGAUUCGAAUACUUUAAUAAACCGCAACCGCAAAGAAGUAGCGAGGUUAGAAGCGAUUAAGGCCAUUAACGACGUUGAGGAUAUUAAGAUAUUCGAUGACGACUUCUUUUCCGACGAACCUAUUGACUCGAAUCACCCGAUCAACGCUAGAACAGAAAGGGUCCCAGAGGGACCAAGAAUCUCGGUACAGGUUACUCGUUCACAAACGAAUUAA